AUGGAACUAAUGGACAAGGACAUCAACCUUGCCGCAUGGUAUAACCAAAAUCUCGAUAAAAUUGGAAAUUUUGAAACCACCGUGAAAAUCACGAAGCCAAUGUUAGCCAGUUUGGCUACAAUUCACGCGGAGGGUAUAAUUCAUCGCGACCUAAACCCCAACAACAUCCUACUCAACGUUCGUGGGGAUGAAAUUAUUGUCAAAAUUGCUGAUUUCGGAUUGUCCAGAGAAAUUCCAACUGACGACUCGGCCCUUAGCGGACACGUUGGGGGAGUUUAUUUCACCAGCCCGGAGAUCGAACGAGGCGAUAGAGAUUACACUUUCAAAACGGACAUUUUUUCCUUGGGGCUUAUCGUUCUCGUCAUGUUGCACCCGUUCUGCAGCAAUGAGGAGUUGAAGAUGGGAUUGGACGACGUUAGGCAUGGCUGCAGUCGCAUCUUACAAGGCUUUCUGAUCACACAGCCACGAAUUUAUGACCUCUUGAGGACCAUGCUGAACCGCAAGCCGGAAGAAAGACCUACCGCUGAGGAGGCUUUGACUGUUGUGAAAAUCAUAUCGUCAAAAUAA